GUAGGUUAUUAUAGAUGACUUUUGCGUGUAGAAUCGAGAGAAGCUCUUCUCCACUGCCCCGCGUUGGAACCUGUGUCGCUAUGCACUAGUUCUGGUGAUGGUCAUAUAAGUGCAGAGGAGACCUUGCCUGAUUGCCAUAGACCGGCGCCCGGGUAGAGGAGACCGGCUUCUUUUGGCAGUUACGCCAAGUCAAUCCAGUCUAUGUCAUAGGAUUUCCUGGGGGGAAAAACGCCUCCUUUUUAUUAAGCCUUGUGAAGUGCCUGCUGUAUCCAGCACCAACAGCAUGUCUCCCCACACCUCUUCCAAUGUGGUGGCAACCCACCACACCAUCCACCUCUUCAACAAGGGCCUGCGUCUCCACGACAACCCCACGCUGGUGGCGGCGCUGGAGUCGUCGGCAGCGGUCUACCCCGUGUUUGUACUGGACCGUGCCUUCAUCGAGGGCAGCAUGCGCAUGGGGCCGCUGCGCUGGCGCUUCCUCUUGCAGAGCCUGGAGGACCUAGACGUCGGUCUGCGCAGGCUGGGCUCUCGCCUCUAUGUCCUCCAGGGCUCCCACCGGGCCGUGCUGCGGAGGCUGGUGGCCCAGUGGGGCAUCACCCAGCUCAGCUUCGACGCGGAGGUGGAGCCCCACUACCGGAGGCUGGACGAGGAGCUGAGGGACAUGGCACAGGAGCUGGGCCUCUCGCUGCUGAGCUACGUGGCGCACACCCUCUACGAUGUCAAGAGAAUAAUCAAAGCUAAUGGUGGGCAGCCGCCACUGACCUACAAGAAGUUCCUGCACGUGUUGUCCACCCUGGGAGAACCAGACAUGCCCGCACGAGAAAUCACAGAAUCAGACUUCUGUAAGAGCUCCAUGCUGCCUGCUAAAGGAGGUGAAGAGGAAGCGUACGGGGUGCCCUCCCUCUCAGCACUGGACCUGGAGGUGGAGCAGGAGGUGCUGUGGCCAGGAGGGGAGACGCACGCCCUCCAGAGGCUGGAGAAGCACUUUGAGAGCCAGGGCUGGGUGGCUAACUUCUCCAAGCCGCGCACCAUCCCCAACUCCCUGCUGCCCAGCACCACGGGGCUCAGCCCCUACCUCAGCCUGGGCUGCCUCUCCAUACGCACCUUCUACCACAGGCUCGCCAAAGUCUAUGCACAGUCGAAGAACCACUCGCUGCCCCCAGUGUCGCUGCAGGGCCAGGCCCUGUGGAGGGAGUUCUUCUACACGGUGGCCUCCGCCACCCCCAACUUCACCCGCAUGGUGGGCAACCCCAUCUGCCUGCAAAUCGACUGGUACGAUGACCCCCUGGCCCUGAAGAAGUGGAGAACGGCCCAGACCGGCUUCCCCUGGAUCGACGCCAUCAUGACCCAGCUGCGGCAGGAGGGCUGGGUCCACCACCUGGCACGCCAUGCCGUGGCCUGCUUCCUCACCCGCGGAGACCUCUGGAUCAGCUGGGAGGAGGGCAUGAAGGUGUUUGAAGAGUACCUGCUGGAUGCUGACUACAGUAUUAACGCUGGCAACUGGAUGUGGCUGUCGGCCAGUGCCUUCUUUCACCAGUACACGCGCAUCUUCUGCCCUGUGCGCUUCGGGAGGCGCACUGAUCCUGAUGGACAAUACCUCAGGAAAUACUUGCCCGUGCUGAAAAAUAUGCCGAGUAAAUACAUCUACGAGCCGUGGACCGCUCCCCUGGAUGUGCAGCGGCAGGCCGGGUGCAUCAUUGGUAAGGACUAUCCUCUGCCCAUGGUUAACCACCUGGAGGUGAGCAAGAGGAACUUGGCGCUGAUGAAGGAGCUCCGCAGUGAACAGGAAAGCACUGCCCAGCUCACCAGAGACAUAGCGGAUGACCCCAUGGAGGUGGGGGUGAAACGUGAGCACCCGGACGACUCUGACUCCCAGGGAGAUGCUGCAGAGUGCAACAGCAACGCCGGUGGUGGUGCUGGUGGUGGUGCCACCAGGGGACACAAGCGCUGUAGCUCUGAGGGAGAGCACCGCAACAGCAGCUGGAGCCCUGAUGCCAUUCGACUACCGGAGAUGAGCAGCGAGGUCAUGUAGAGGAGCUCCUCCAUCCUAUGGAAAACAACACCUCAUGUAGAGGAGCUCCUCCAUCCUAUGGAAAGCAACACCUCAUGCAUCCCACCAUGUUGAAGACAACCUCAACCAUCAACCUCAACCCCUCCAAAGCGUAGUGUGACACCAAAGCUGUGUUUGUUGGACCGUGUAUAUUUUGUUCUUUCUGCUAAACCUCAGACACUUAAUUCCUGUGCGUUAUGUUUGCACCGCUCCUCUCGACAUCUUUGCUAUCAUACGACAACAUCUACAUGACGAUCAAGCUGUCCUCUUCCCUCCCGCUACUUGUUUACAGAUACGCCAGAGACUUGUGGAGUUAGCCCAGGGGCCUAUACUAAGAUAAUGGUUCAGGAGGAAAC